GCAAUUAGUGAUGAAUUAACGCACAAAUAUGGCAAGCAAUUUGCAGAGGCUGCCAGAAUGAAUCAAUUGCCAGAGCCAAGCAGAGUUUCACCAAAGUUGGUUCAAAAAUUGUCGGUCAAUGCUCCAUCAAAAUUACUUGUCGAAAAGUAUUUAAUCACAAUUGCUCAAUCUGCCGGUAUUGAUUUUACACCUGACCCUAAGGUUAUGCGAGAUGAUGACGACGAAGUUGCUCGAGCUGAACGCAAUCUCAUCAACUUUAUGAAUGAGCAAUAUGGUUGGAAUGUCAAACCAGGCGACGAUCGCAAUGUAAACAAUGGCAGUGGACCCGGAAGCGAUGGAGGAUUUUCUGGUGGGAGUGGUGGAGGUAAUCUCCAUGCUGAUAAUGCUAGCACAAUUUCUUCACAUUUUAUUGGAGGAACCACGACAGGUGGAGGCGGUAUUCCGCCUCCGGAAUACGCUCCACCUCCUAUGGCACCGCAGCAAAUCCCUCCUGGAUAUGGGCAUAGUCCAAUUCCAAAUGUACAUCCAAUUGUAAAUGCCAAUGCACCAAUUUAUCCACAACAUCAACAACAAUUUGAUCAUCCACACUAUGAACACGUUUAUGAAACAGUACCUCCUGUUGGUCCACAAGAUGCUGAUGAAGACUUUCUUCUUCCAAAAUUUCCGGAGCCGCCAAAAGGCAUUCCUUCACCUUUUCAUGGUAAUGGCGAAACAAAACAAAUGCCUCCUCAUACGACGAAAAAUGGUGGUGGUGGCACUGGUAAUCCUAACGAUGAUUUGGAUUUUGAUGCACUUGCUCGUAGAUUUGAAGAGCUUAAGAAGCGAAUUUAA